AAUAAAUACUAAGCGAUUGUGAAAAUUACCGGAAACCAAUGGACGUGUAAUUUACUUCAUUUUUUAUAAGUUUCCCUUCCCCGAUUUAUCAAAAACUCUAUGCUUCACCUAAUUUGUCAAUUGACCAAUAUACCCAUUAAACUAAUAAAACCUUACCUUUAUUGUUACGACUCCGUUACAGCGUCGCCUCUCUCCCGACUGCUCUCACGUCGACUCCCUCCCUGCUCGCCGCCGUAUGCCGUCGCCGCUCCUGUGAAGCCACCGGAAGGAGACCUUCGAUAGCCACAGCUACACCGUCGCACCCCACCCAGUACAUGUCAUUUUGUGGUGUUCAAGGAUGACAACAAUUGGAACAACAAUGGAUCAACAAUCUAAUACUACUAACAAACCUGAAUCUACAAAUGCUGCUAAAAUUCAGAAUUCAGCUUCAGGGUUCAAAAGAUGGGGAAGAAAAGGUCCAUUUAUCAGAUAUGGGCUUCCUAUGAUUUCACUCACUGUGUUUGGAGCACUUGGGUUAGGUCAUCUUUUACAGGGAAGCAAGGAUAUAGCUAAGGUGAAAGAUGAUCAAGAGUGGGAGAUUCUUGAAACUAAAAAAGCCCUUUCAAGAACAGGGCCCAUUGAAGCUUACAAGCCUAAAAACUUGUCAAUAGAGGAGGAGCUAAAGGCUUUACAGCAGAGUGUUGACAUAAACAACUAUGAAUAUAAGAAAAUUCCUAAGCCAAAUGAAGAGUUUGUAACAUUUAUAUGA